CGCCACUUGUGAGCAAGAGCAUAACGAAGCGACGCGGGAAGUGCUGAGGUAUUUUGAGGAAGAAGAGUCCCUAAGGACACUAAAAACAUAAUCCUGGGAUUCUUUUACCUGUAAACAGAAAGGACAGCAAAAUGGACAAAUCAAUGAGUAAAAGGAAGUUAAGGUCGGGGAAGGAAGUUGGCAAAGACGAGCCACUACAUCAAGUGGAAGGAAGCGAUUCCAAAGUUGUUGAAGGAAGUGCUGGAGGUCCCCCUUCAGCUAAACGAGCCAAGGCUGCUGACAUGGCUAGUAACAUCACCGGGGAGCAGAAGAACAAGGAAGGUGCUUCGGUUGAAGCAGAGGUGGAGGCUGAAGAGGCACGCGGCAAAGAAGAUGCAGGUGAUGAAUCUCAGCCUGACAAGAGUGGUGGUCAAAGAGCUGUCGAAGGUCGCACGUGUUCCCUCUGCGAUUUUGUGGCCAAGACCCCCACUGCCCUAAAAGUACACGUCACGAGGAAACAUUCUGGCGAAGGGACUCCCGUUAGGAAAACCGAGCCCUCGAAAACACUGCGACAGCGCAGGGGCAGCGAGAGCGAGAGGCUCGGAGCACCGGAGACAAAUAGUGCUGACCUUAUAGACAAGCAUGUUAAAGAGCCGCAAGAAGAAAAACAGGCCAUCAGCUCCACUGAUGGUCAUUUGCAGUUUGAAGAUGUCUCUGUUUGCCAGGCUGAUGACCUUAACAACACUCAGCUUCAGAGAGAGAACACUGCACCGGGGGGACACGCCGACAACAUCUCAUCACCUAAGUGUCAAGAAGCGGGAGAAAAAGAGCUGAAAAAAUCAGAAAUGGACAUUACUGGCAAAAUGGUGGAAGGUCAGUCUUCCUUAAUGGGUGACAAAGAUACAGCAGUCACCCAGGCACAGAUGGAGAGGGAUGGUGGUGACUGCAAAAGACCUGCACGUUCCACUAAAGACACCGGAGCCGAGGGGAAGAAUCUCCUUCCCAAAACAAAAGCAAAAAGGGACAAUCAAGCUACCAGUCAGACGGGCACAGAGGGCACGAGUCUCAGUCCCACUCAGAUACUUCUGGAAAUGGUCGAAGUGGUUGCAGAGAACACAUGCGAGGAAGACAGUGACAGAACGCAGGAGUCUAAGAAAGGUUCAGCGGAUUCAGAGCGCAGUUCUGAGGCCGCUGGGGACAGCGCUGCCGUUGAACAAGGCGACAGUCUUAGCUCAGACUGUCAGAUUGUCAAUGUCACUGGCACUGCACAGGUGGCAGAAAUGGUUGAAGGACAGGAGAUGCCUGUUUGUCAGAAGGCUGUGAAACGAGGCCCGAAGCCAAAGACUCAGCACACAUGCAGCUACUGUGGCCACGUGUUUCGGGACAAACCAAGCCUAGUGAUGCACGUUAAAAGGCGCCACACCAAAGAAAUGAACUUCUUUUGUGAGCUCUGCUCUUACGCUUGCGUGGCUAAGUGCGAUUAUGAAAAACACUGCUCAAGCAACAAACACAAAAAAAGGGUUUCGGAGGCAGGCAACGUCCCAGGUGACUUGCCCACUGCAGGUGGUGAGGAAAAACUGGAGGAUGCAGUCAAGAUGGCGACCCAGGUCUCCAGCAAAGUCUCUGAGUCAGUCCCAGCGAGCGUUGCACAGCUUCAGUGUAAGGCCCAAGGAGACCAGACUGAUGGGGACACCUGCGAUGAUCCAACCACAACAUCUAAUGCAAAAGAGGUAGAACGGAAGGACGACAGCGUGGGAGAGGAUGUCCAAGAGAGUGCUGAGGAGGCCAGCGCAUCCCAAGGCCAAAAGUCCCCUGGCAGGGAGCUGUCACCUGGCGAUGACCCGCAGAGGAGCAAGGAGGAUGACACUGGGUUGCAGCCGUCUGAUGGAGCUGAGCAGGCUGUGACGACUGGCACGCCGGCGAACGCGGAGGAGCUCGCUGAGAAAAGCAGCCCGAAAAAAAGGCGAGGUCGACCGAAGGCGUCCACCCUGACAACGUGCGACUACUGUGGGUUGGUGGCUUCCAAUGCCACCAACCUCAGCGUCCACAUAAGACGGAGACACAGCCAUGAGUAUGGAUUUGUCUGCAAGGUGUGCAGCUACUCUUGUGUGACCAAAGGUGACAUGGAUCGUCACUGCACUACAAAGAAGCAUAUAAAACGAGUGGCAGUCAGCAGGGCUGAUUCUUCAGAGGACAGCCAAGUAGACCCUACUAAUGUGGUGGAGGUCCUCAUCAGUAAGGCGUCUGCUACAGGGGGUCAGCCGAGAGAGGGAGAGGUCAUGGAGGCAGGGUCUGCUCUAUCCACAGAGUCUGGCACGGGGCCAUUGUCCCACCUCAAGAACGGACAGCAAACUCAAACAGAUGCCGUGCAAACUGAAUCAGAUGAUCAGAUGACUGGUCCAGCUCAGAAAAAAUGCAAGUAUGACUCGGUAAACUCCUGUACCUACUGCGGGUUUGUGGCUCAUUCUAUUCCAUCCUUAGAUCUCCACAUCAAGCGCAAACACACACGAGACUUUGAGUUUGUCUGCAUGGCGUGUAAUUACUAUGCGGUCACUUGCAGAGAGAUGUCGCGACACGCCACUACUGAUAAGCACAGACAGAAAAGCCAGGCUUACCUGGAGAAUCUGGGGAAUAAUGAAAUUGAUCUGACUCAACUGGAUUCAAAGAGGGUGGCACAGUCUGAGAGCAACCUUGAGAGCCAAAAUGUGACAGUUGAAAAGAGCCCCAGCAUGCAAGAGGCUACCUUGGGUGAAGACCACCAGACAGAUGCUGGGAAGUUUCAAGCAGGCUCCAGCUCUGAUGGGGAUGUUGUGACCUGCAGCAAUGAGGAGGCGGUUGAGCAGGCAGAACAAGACUGUACCCAAGUGAACACAAAUGUCAAAGCAGUGACUGUAGAGGAGAGCAUAGAGGAUGCUGCAGUGAUUCAGGAAAAUGUCCAGUCUGACAGUGAGGUGGAAAAUACUGAGCUGAAAGGCCACAAAAGCACGGGUCCAGGAGAUGACCAGGCUGUCCCAGAAGACUCUCCCAGUGUGGUCCAUCCUGCCCAGGAGUCCGCUGGUGACCUUGAAGAGGAGGAGUCUGAAGUGGAGGAUGACUGCUUACUUGAGGGCUCGUCGGACGCCGACCUGGAGUUUGCCGAUGGGAGCGGCGACAGCCUCUGUGCGGCUAAUAAAUUGGUGAGGGCGGUGCCCUUUGACGCGUCCAUCGUUCCCUUCAAAGCUGUGUGCGAGGGCCAGGUCUCAGGGCUGGCCAGGCCCCAGGCUGCAAAGAGGACCGCCUUUGUCAGCAGGCCUCCGUCCGCCGCAAGCCCCCAGAGGAAAAGCAAGGUGCUCAUAAGCUCCGGGACCAGGGGCGGGGUGACCGUGCGGAUCCGCUGCGAGGACUGCGGCUUCAUGGCGGAUGGCCUGAGCGGCCUCAACGUGCACAUGUCCAUGAAGCACCCUUCCAAGGAGAAGCACUUCCACUGCCUGCUCUGCGGAAAGUCCUUCUACACCGAGAGCAACCUGCACCAGCACCUGACCAGCGCCGCCCACCUGCGCAACGAGCAGGCCAGUAUCGAGGAGCUGCCGGAGGGGGGCGCCACCUUCAAGUGCGUCAAGUGCAGCGAGCCCUUCGCCACUGAGCAGGACCUCUUCAUGCACAUCAAGGAGAAGCACGAGGAGCUGCUCCGGGAGGUCAACAAGUACGUCCUGGAGGACACGGAGCAGAUCAACAAGGAGCGCGAGGAGAACCAGGGCAGCGUCUGCAAAUACUGCGGCAAGGUGUGCAAGAGCAGCAACUCUAUGGCCUUCCUGGCGCACGUCCGCACACACACAGGAUCGAAACCGUUCAAGUGCAAGAUCUGCGACUUUGCCACAGCGCAGCUGGGAGAUGCUCGAAACCACGUCAAGAGGCACCUGGGCGUGAGAGAGUACAAGUGCCCUGUCUGUGGGUGGGCCUUUGUGAUGAAGAAGCACCUGAACACACACCUGUUGGGGAAGCAUGGGGUGGGGCGUCCCAAAGAAAGGAAGUUUGAGUGCAAGCUGUGUGACCGCUCCUUCAGCGAGAAGUGGUCACUGAAUAACCACAUGAAGCUGCACACCGGGUCCAAGCCCUUCAAGUGCACCUGGCCCGCCUGCCACUACUCCUUCCUGACCAUGUCGGCCAUGAAGGACCACUACCGGACCCACACAGGAGAGAAGUCCUUCCUGUGUGACCUCUGCGGCUUCGCCGGGGGGACGCGGCACGCCCUCACCAAGCAUCGGCGACAGCACACAGGAGAGAAGCCUUUCAAGUGCCAGCUGUGCAGCUUCGCCUCGACCACGCAGUCCCAUCUGACCCGCCAUCGGCGCGUACACACGGGAGAGAAGCCCUAUCACUGUCCCUGGUGCCACUACAGGUCCAACUGUGCUGAGAACAUCCGCAAGCACAUUCUCCACACUGGCAAACAUGAGGGGGUGAAGAUGUACAACUGCCCCAAGUGCGAGUAUGGAACCAACGCCCCAAUGGACUUCCGCAACCACCUGAAGGAGCUGCACCCGGAGAUUGAGAAUCCAGAUCUGGCAUACCUACAUGCAGGAAUCGUGUCCAAGUCGUUCGAGUGCCGUCUGAAGGGCCAGGGCGCGGCCUUCGUGGAGGCGGAGACGGCGUUCGCGGCGGAGGAGGCGUCGCCCGAGCGGGCCCCCGGGGACGGCGGAGAGGAGGAGGUGGGCGGGGAGGCCGUGCAGCAGGUCAUCAUCAUCCAGGGCUACGGCGAGGAGUACGCCAUCGACAGCGCGCUGGAGGAAUCGGCCGCCGCCACGCUGCAGACGCUGGCCAUGGGUGGCCAGGUGGCCGAGGUGCUGCACAUCACGGAGGACGGGCAGGUCAUCGCCGCCUCCGCCCCGGCCCCGGGCAGGGGCGUGGCCGGCACCCCCCACCCCCUGUCGGCCGGCUUUGUGCUGGUGGAGUCCGGGGAGAUGGGGCCGGUGAUCAGCAGGCCGGAGGUGGCGACCGAGGCCCCUGGGGGCACCGUCCCUGAGUCCUCCAGCGCCCUGGACGCGCUCCUCACCGCGGUCACCGAGCUGGGGGGCGACGGGCGGGGGCAGCAGGAGGUGGGAGAGCUCCAGGUGCAGGGCGACGGGGCGGAGGUGGCCGCCGAGGUGGCGGGGGAGGUGGAGCAGGUGGAGGUGGAGGGGGAGGGCUCGUACGGCGAGGUGGUGCAGGAAGGCAUGGUGACCCAGGUGGAGGAGGAGGUGCUGCAGUUCGCCGCCAGCCAGCUGAUGAUGAAGGAGGGCCUGACCCAGGUGAUCGUGAACGACGAGGGGACGCACUACAUCGUGACGGAGCUGGACCACGCCACGCUGCAGGUGGAGGGGGCGGUGUACGCCCCGGGCGGCGAGGGGGCGGAGGGUGGAGACGGCUCAGAGCAGCCUCUGGAAGGGCUGGUGGUGUACUCUGAAACCUCCUGUCAGGACCCCGUAAUGGAGCAGUGAAGGAGAUGCCCAAGACGGAUAGUCUGAAGACCUCAAGUUUGCACUCAAAAGGAAACUAGGGCAGUUCUAUGAGAAGACACAACACAGGAAAAGUGCUUGAUUGGUGGUCCCCAAGCCUUUGUAUAGCAGGCUUUUAAGAGCAGUAGAUCUAGCGUAUGGUACAUACAUCCAGCUAAAUGUUUUCCCUGCAAUUCCUUUUCAAAUAAUUAUCGACCUUUAUUCUUGAAAACACACAUGAAUCUCAAGCUUCAAUUAGAUGCACAUAUUAAAUGGUAAUGAUUAGUUGAACUGCUGAUCAUUUUUCAGAGAACAGCCCCAGGUUUCCUUGAAGCGCCAUGUUUUCGCUCUGGUCUUUAUUCUCCCGCAGUAUGUUAUGCAAUCGUGUUGGAUUCUACUUUUGAUGGUAUCUCCAGGCUAUUUUUCCCCCGUAUUUAAUUGCUUCUUUGAUGAAUAACUCAGGCUAACUUUAAUUUCUGUGGUAUGGCAGAACUUGAAAAAAUUAGACAAUUACACAGGGAAAUGACCAUAUUCGCGAAAGGAACGAUUAGGAAUUAGCUGAUAAUUUGGUUUACAAGCAUAUCAGGAUGCUACCAAUGCAAGAAUAAUCACUUGAAUAUCUACAUGUAGAGAUGCAUGGUUUUACCAUU